UUCAUCUAUCUCCAGGCCCAGGGUCCAGGGUCUUGAUUCGAGAAUCCAUGACCCAUCUAUCACCGUAGUUCUUCUCUUCCCAUGUAGCAUCAGCCUCUUGUUGGAUCGCCGACCCGAUUGAAUCAACCGGUUACUCAACAAACAAAGUCGGAUUCUCUUUUUAAUUCAACCACUAAUCAAAGAUGGAAGGCAGUUUUGCUAAGGAGCUUUAUUCAGAAAGUUUGCAACUUUCAAAUGCUGAAUUGGGUUCUAAGCCCAUUGCUAAUGAUUGCUGUGAAGUUGACUUGCAGGAUGAUGGUGGACCAUUGUGGGAUGAUUCUGUUGAGCUGGAUAGAGAAUCUGAUCUAGACCGGGAGUGGCAGAGGAGACAUGAUCAAUUUCACACGAUUGGAUAUCGUGAUGGUCUCAUAGCAGGGAAAGAAGAUUCUGCACAAGAGGGAUUUAAUGUUGGUUUUAAGCAAUCAGUGCUUGUAGGAUACAGCUGGGGUGUUGUUAGAGGUGUUACCAGUGCGGUUGCCUGCCUGCCAGAUGACUUGAAGGAGAAGCUGAUUGAAACGCAGGAAAAAAGAAACAAAUUUCAGGGUUUGUAUGAAUCAGUGCAUUCUAUUUCUACAGUGGAUGCUCUUAAGUUCUUUCAUGAUGACAUAUUGAGAAAGAAAGCAAUGGAGCAAAGGGAGCUUGAGAAGGCAAGUUCUGAUGUAGCCAGAAUGAACAAGGAUGAUAGCUCAUGCUGCAGUAAUCUUGAAAAUUAUGUUGGAGAACUUCAAUCACUUCUUCUUGACUCGCCCACAAUCAAGUCACAUUUAUCAGUAAAGCAACUCCUGUACAGAACUGAAUAAUGUAUUGGACAUAUUGUCUUUUUAUUGAAGGAUAACAUUGUUAAUGUUGUUUUCUCACAACUGUAUCACCAAUUUUGAUUAGAUCCAUCUAUAUCACAACUAUGUUUACCGCUAGUAAGUCAAUGCAUAUGAAUUAUCUGCUUA